AUGUUAAGCUACACAUCAACUCAAACUGUUCGUCAACAACAUCAAUCCGGUGAAAAGUUUGUCAUUCAAGGAUCUUUCCCAUCCUAUUAUUAUCCAACAGCUUUUUCCAAGCAACCAAACUAUCCAUUAUCUCCGCGCCAAGAAGAUGCUCUUCAACGUAUUCGCGAAUCAUCGACGUCUGGCAUCGUUCAGACACCUGAUAGCACCCCUCGAUCUAGUAUUGUUCCUCGUUUUCAUUCAGAACUACGUCGACGAGAUCCUUCUAUUACCUCAACUGCCUCUUCAAACUCUUUUAAUGAUUCCGAUUGCAAACUACUUCAUCCAACCGAUCACUCAGCUUUUGCCCCAUACUCCUCUACGACUCUUCCUGUAGUUCAUGAAAUACCUGUUAAAAUCCAACAACGGUCAGCUUCUCCUCAGCUCAGAAAGACGAAUGAAUCGACCUGCGAACAAAUACCUCAACCACCAAAUCGAAGCCAAGCUGAGCCAUCAUCAGCUCUUCCAUUAACUCAGAAUCACAUCCCAGCCAACUAUUCGCAAUUCGUUGCUGCUCCGACCAGCCAAAACUCAUCGGCUUACGGAAAGUAUCCAGAACUGACUGGUUCACAAAGGCAGAAGCUAUCAAAUAAGCCAAUUGCCUCACAAAAAUCUCUCCAAUUACCAGAAGUUAGUCGACCACAGUACUACUAUGAAGAGGAUGUUCAGCCAAAUGCUACUAUGGAGACCAAAGUUACCGGUCAAGGUCAACCUAAAAGAGUUGGAAGAUGGACAUUAGCCCAACUUCGCCAGACUGACGGUAUUAUCCCCAGCCAGGCUGGUUGGAACAAGGGAGACUCCCAAAAGUUGAUGACCAACUUCGGAUCCCCAAGAAACACCUCCACUCGUGUAACAGCUGAAAACCUUCAAGAAGUUCCCGAAGAAAUUUUGAACAAAGGACACGCAGAAGUUCGUCUCCAAUCUGGUACCAACAAGUAUUCUUCCCAAAGAGGAAUGACUGGAUUCGGAGCUCCUCGUGAUGUCUGCAGAGAAGGAAAGCACGUCAACACCAACCCUGCUGAUCUUCAGGAGCUUCCUGAGGAGAAGAUCCGUCUUUCCGAAGGUAUUGUCCGUCUUCAAGCUGGUACUAACAAGUAUGAUUCACAGAAGGGUAUGGUUGGAUUCGGUACUUCCCGUCGUGAAACCACCAAAAUGGUUGACAGCAAGCACCCUGAAUACAGCCACGAAGCCUCCAUUGAUCAGAGUCAAAUUCCCCUCCAAUCCGGAACAAACAAAUUCGCCUCCCAAAAGGGUAUGGUCGGAUUUGGUACUGCUCGUCGUGAGACUACCAAGAUGGUUGAUACCACUCAUCCCGAUUAUGAUCACGAAGCUUCCAUCGAUCAAACCACUAUUCCAUGCCAGAUGGGAUCCAACAAAUAUGCUUCUCAGAAGGGUAUGACCGGAUUCGGACAGCCUCGUUGGGAGGUUCUUGACCCCUCAAUCUCCUGGCAAAACCGUAAAUCUCAAGGUAUGGUUCGUCUCCAAUCUGGUACUAACAGAUUCGCUUCACAACAGGGUAUGACUGGAUUCGGUACCUGCAGAAACACCACAUUCGAAGCCGAAGGAGGUGAGCUUCCAUACGAGGCAAUGAAGAUCUCUGAGACAAUCAUCCCUAGCCAAGCCGGUUGGAACAAGGGAGAUUCUCAGAAGUGUAUGACCUCGUUCGGAGCUUCUCGUGACGUUAAGGGCAAGCACUUGAAGAGAAUUUGGGAGUUGGAAUACCCAGAAGAAGCUGAGGUUUCUUUGGACCGUCUCUAA